UAAAGUUGCAAGAUGGCGGCUGCCGGCGAGGAAGUUCUGUUCUAAGUCUGUUUAAAGUGAAAAUAGAAAGCAUGAUGUCAGUUUAUAACACAGCUCAUCGUUUGGAUGAGAAAUGGAGAUCAAAAGACAUCAAAUUGCGUGAAGAUUUAGAUUUUUCUGCUUUAUUAUUGUCAGAUUUGGUACAAGCUGGUUUAACAAAUUCUGGAUUCAUAAAGCCCUCUCCUAUCCAAUUGAAAGCUAUUCCUUUGGGUAAAACUGGCUUAGAUUUGAUCGUUCAAGCUAAAUCUGGUACUGGAAAAACGUGCAUUUUUGCGGUUAUCGCUCUCGAAAAUCUUCUCUUAGAAUCACAGUCUGUUCAGACGUUAAUUUUGGCACCAACGAGAGAGAUUGCUUCUCAGAUAUGUCAAGUUAUCACUUCUAUAGGCUCUUCCUUUCCAUCAUUAGGUUGCCAUUACUUUAUAGGAGGUUUACCAUUAUCUGAAGAUAAAGCUAAACUCAGGAAGUGCCACAUUGCAGUUGGGACACCGGGAAGAAUCAAACAGCUUAUUGAAAAUAAAUAUAUGAAAACUAACUCUAUUCGUUUGUUCGUGCUAGAUGAAGCUGAUAAGUUACUGGAUAAAGACUUUCAGAAAUGCAUAAAUUGGAUAUAUCAGAAAUUACCACUUAAUAAACAAAUGUUAGCUCUUAGUGCUACUUAUCCAGAAGAAUUAGCAAAGUUACUUACUCAAUAUAUGAGAAACCCUGCAUUUGUCAGGUUGAAUAUGCAUAAACCUGCGUUAAUUGGUGUUACUCAAUUUUAUAAAAUAACACAGUUUCACCCUUUAUCACAUAUUGCCUUUCAGCAUAAAAUUGAUGUUCUGCUGCAAAUAUUGAAAUCCGUUCCAUUUUCACAGUGUCUUGUGUUCAUUAAUCUUCAGAUGAGAGCUCAAUCUUUGUGUGAUGUUUUGAAGAAACAUGGGUGGUUGGCUCUGUUUAUCUGUGGAAAUCAGACUCAAGUGCAAAGAUUGGCAGUGAUGACUCGACUGAAAAGCUUUCAGUGUAGAAUACUUGUGACGACAGAUUUGACGGCAAGAGGAAUCGAUUGUGAAAAUGUGAAUAUGGUGAUAAACGUUGAUCUUCCAUAUGAAUUGGAAACUUACUUUCAUAGAAUAGGUCGUGCAGGUCGUUAUGGGUCACAAGGACUUGCCAUUUCUUUAAUUAGUGAGGGUGAAGAGAAAGAAAAAUUUUUUAAAAUGAAAGAAACUGCAUUCUUAGAUAUCUACGAUUUACCUUCUAAUCUUACUGCCAACAUUUGGAAAUAUAAUAAUUCUCAAGAUAAUCAAUUUAACGAAAAGGAAGAAAUUGACAAUACCAUUUAUAUAUGUAAAGAAGACGAUUUUAAUUCUGAAACGUGUUCAGAGAAAAGUUCUAAAGCCAGUACAUGUGAUGAUAAAUCACAAGAGAUAAAUGGUAAUUUUUGUGCCAAAAAAGAAUUUUCAGGUGACAGUCACAAUGAUUGUAAUGAAAUUGAACAAAAUUUAAAUGCUAAUGAACAGUGUUUAGGUAUUAAAAAUCAAAAUGUGAUUAAUGAUCAUUUUACCUGUGAAUUAAAUGCAAUUGUUGAGAAUGUUAAUUUGAAAACUGACUUAACAAAUUCUUUAACUGUUGAAAAUUAUGCUAAUAAUGGAAUAUGUGACGACACUUCUCCUAAAACCCUAUCAGAAAGUAUUGUUAAUGAUAACAGAGAUAUCAAUCAAAGAUUUUCUGAUACUGAUAAAGUUUUGAAAAAGCCAGAUGAUUUAGAGUUAGACAUUUCUUCAUUUUACAGGCCAGUUUUAAAAGAUGAAGACAUUUCCUAUGAAAACUCUUUGAUUGAAAUUAAUAGUACAUCCAAUAAUUUUUCAGUUGACGAGAAUGCCAAACCUAAUUUAACAAAUGAUCAUAUUUUGAAAGUUAUGAUUUUCUUAAAAGAUAUUAAUAAUAAGUAUUGGAAAUGUGUCUCAGACAAAAAAGAAGUAGGUGAGGUAAUAGAUCAAAAAGAAGAGAAUUUAAUAAUUAAUACAUCUAAAAGAGAAAAUGAAAGCAAGCAGAUGAGUGAUGAAGCUAAAAUACUGUUACCAAAUAAUUCUGUUGAGAGUCAGUAUGAAAAUUGCGAAAUUAUCACAUAUGAGGAUAAAUGCAUUUCUGCACAAGAGGCCGAUAUUUCUUCUAGUCUGAAUUCAUCAGGUUCUUUAGAGUCGUUUGCUCUAUUUGGUAAAUUUACAGAAACGAGUGACAGUGGUGACAAUUUAAGAAUUAGUUUUCAAUCAAAAGAUUCGAGUUUCUCAGAAAGUGAGUAUGACAAUCAGCACGAGUGUACGAUUCUGUUAGAAGAAUUGAGGAAGAAUCAAAGUAUAGCAAGUUAUAGUAAAGAUUCAAUAAAAUCAGAAAAAUCUGAUCGUUCAAAGAAGUCCAAGUCUUGUUUUCAAUAUUCAGUGCCAGAUAAAGAAGUUUAUGAACAAGUAGAUAGUGCCAACUAUUGGGAUUAUCAACACGAAGAUCAAAAAACAUCCAAAAAACAGAUAAAUAAGCAGAGAUAUAGAAAUCCCUGGGAUUAUUCGAGCUACUAUUAUAAUUCUUAUUACUAUAAUUCUAAUUACAAUCCUUGUGUAUGCUACAAUUCUUACACAUCUUGCAGUAAUUGCGUAUGCUGCGAAGAUAAAUUCCAGUCUCAGAAAUCCUUUCAAGUAGAAUGGAUGCAACGUUAUCAGUAUUACAUUUCUCAGAUGUUAUACUGGAGGAGAAGCCAAAAAUGUGGAAAGUGCUGUAAGGAAUAAGUAAAAAAUAUUAAAUAUAAUUUUUCUUUGUUUAAACAAUUUUCCAUUAAAGAAUGUUUUAUAACCACUUCAAAACUGUACUAAUCCUCAAAAAUUUGAGUUAUUUU